CACUGUUUCUGUGUUUAGGGAAAUGAGCCGUUCGGAAAGUAAGAAGGAGAUACAACAGAGGCUAUAGAGCUGUUUCCGAGUAGCAUGUAAAUUUCCAUGCCAUUUGCACGUGAUUUCAGUAACCAGAGCGUUUCUGUCAGUUUUGCACUGCCGUUGCUAGUUACUUAAAAUACGAACACACCUUUGGCCAAACUGGAAACUAGCUAGCCAAUCUUCAGCUGUAACUGUUCGCACUGUAUUUAAGGGACCUCGCCCUGAGACUAUAGUUUGAACUCUCGCUUUAACGUGACAUUGCCGCAUUAUGUCAGACUUUCUUAUAUUAUCUUUGAUUCUUUUUCUAGUGUUAUGUUUGAUUGUCACAAUCGUCUUGUUUGUUCUGUACUCGGGUCUGCUUAGCGCCAUCGACAUUCGGACUGGAUCUCCGCCUAUUAAAAAGAUAACAAUAGCAUACAAAUUCAAAGAGGGACCCUAUAAAGACUGUGGGGCAAGUUUCACCGAAGCCUGCAGCAUUGGCCCAAAGCUGUCCAACAUUGCAGUAUUUUACGAUGAUCCAAAACAGGUCCCCGAAGACAAGUGCCGAUAUGCAGUGGGCAGCAUCUUGAGCGAGGGUGACGACAAGCCGGACGAGGACCUCCUGAAGGAGUAUGGGAGAUUUGGCUUCAGUGUGAUGUCCUUCCCCGAGGUGGACCACGCCGUCACCACUACCUUCCCCAACAAGAGCCCCAUAUCUCCGCUCAUAGCAGCCUACAGAGUCUACCCCGAGCUGUCGCACUACAUUUAUGAGCGGAAGCUGAGUGCCUUUCCUUUCAUGGAGAUCUGCAAGGAUGACAUCAUCCACUACGUGUGCCCCCUGGCCCGUCAGAACAGCUUCUUUGUGCCCGAGAUGUGUCUGAUGGAGAAGGAAGAGGAGUCGGACGAGGAUGGCACAGGUGGCGACUCCAACAGCGAGAGCAGCUACGCCAGCCGCGCCGUCCCCACCGAGAGCAGGGAGAGCUCGCUGGCCCCGUCCACCAUCCUGCACGAGGAGGAGCAGCAGCAGGAGGAGGAGCUGAGCGAGCGCGCCGAGCACAGCGAGGCAGAGCGCGCCUCCAACGGCUCCCUGGGCAGCGGCUCGUCCUUUGAGGAACUGGACCUGGAGGAGGAGGAGGGUGAGGUCGGGGAAGAGCAGAAGAAGGAGGAAGAGGAGAAGAAGGAGGAAGAGCCGAGGGAGGAGGCGCAGGCCGCCGAGGAGCGCUCGCCAAACAAGGCUGCCGCCGCAGAGAAGAAGCCCGCGGCCGAUGGAGAGGAGUAGAAAACGGCAGCGGCUGGGGCAUUCUGGGAGAUGUUCAUGGGUAGGUUCUUGAGUUCAGCAGUGACGAUGGAUGGGUUUUCAUGUCAAAAGAGAUUACCUCUUUUUCUUUUGUGUGUGUGUGAGGGUGGGCCAGUGUUGGGAGGGGGUGGGCUGAUUUUGUUUUUAUCUGUGGGAAGGGAUGUGGAUGGAUUAGUAGCCAUGCUUUCAUCCUAAUUGGCAGUGCUAUUUCUUUGUCAACACUUGAGUACAGACAAAGUGAACAAACUUAUCAACAAUCACCAGUCAUAAACACAAAACUAUCUGUCAGUGAGCGUAAACAUGUAUCAAAUGUGUAAAAAAAAAAAAAAAAAACAUAGGUUGCCAUUUGUUAGUUGGUUAACAUAUGAAGGAAUUCUGACUAAAAUUAUUUUUAGCUUUACCUUAAAAUCUGUCCGUGGUUUAUUUUAUUUAGGCUGUGAUACAUAAUGUGGAACUCGAUCAGUCAUAAUGAAAACUAAAUCCACAUCAAGACACUGUACUUGUCCAAAAGAGACGCAUUUUGUUCUAAAUGAAUAAUUGUUUCAUGGCUAGUACACAUAAUUGUGGUGUGUGUGUGUGCUUUCAUUUUUGGCCCUGACUGACCUGAGUGCAGGGCAGCGGAGCAUGCUGCACUUGAGAUUAACGGUGCCUACACACACUUGCAUUGAAUGCAGCGCUGGAGACGUACCAUGUCAACCGUUGCCGAAGUCAAUUUUGGUUGCGUUGCAUUGCUUACGUAGACGAGAUGCGCCCCCAGCACAGCAUUCAACGCAAGCGUGUGCAGGCAGCGGUAAAUGUUGCUGUUUCGCAGCAUCUACAUCUAACAUGCCCAACUGAAUAUUAAUGAUAUUAAUAAGUAAGGGAUAAUGGACGACACGGUGGUCUGUUCACAGAAGUUAAUGCACGGUCGAGGUUGUAAAACGGCCCCGACGCAUUUUGUAGGACAAUGGGAAUUUCAACCAAGCAGUGGAAUAAUGAUAUUAAUAAUGGUAUUUAUGUUUGUUUGGUGAAGACGUAAGGAAAAGAUGUAAAGGCCUAGCUGCCUUGUUCAUAUGUCAGAUUAGUCAGACCCUUAAUGGAGAAAGGGAUGCAAAAAUGAAGGGCUAUUGUUUAGUUUUCUUAUUCUCUGGCUUUGUCUUCAAUUAUGUUGAUACAUUUUAUAUGACUCAUGUAGGUCCACAAGAUGUGUCCUGGAGAACAGAUUCUUGUGAACAAUUUGCAUGAAACAUGUACUGUAUCUAGUAUACUCAGUCAAAAUGUUUGUAAUACUGCUUUAAGUAUUUUCUUAAGUUUUUCUUCAUUUUUAUUGUUGUAUAUUGUCUUUAACCAAUAUCUAUCAAGCUGAAUAUUCAUUGAACCGGCAUAUCCAGAACCUGGCCAUUCCUGAACACUUUCAUCUGACUGGAAGACUUGAAUUAAUUACAAAUGUUGCAGUGUGCAGACUCCUCUGUCAUUUCCAAAUACAGUACAAAGAACAGUUAAUCAGAAGCCAAAGCCUGGAAGAAAUGAAUCUGAUUGUUUUAUCAAGGGAUGAAGGUGUUGGUUUAUGUAGAGGUGUUGAUUUUCCUCUAAUUGCUUGCAACCCAGCCCUCAGGCGCUGGAGCUAUUCUCUCUCAGUUCACCUUUUGGGUUAGGAAGCACCAUGAAGCUGGUUCUAGUUUGGGGGUAUGGAAUGCAAUGGAAAGUAUUUUGAACGGUGUUGUGCAAAUUUGCAGUGCAGUAUAUGGCUGUAAAUAAGUAUGUUGUUUAUCUGUGACUUCUCCCCAUGCCUUCUGAUAUGUUUAUAAAUGUUAUAAAUAAUGUGUCUAUUUCUCUAUAAAUAAACAUUUCUUUCCUCGUGA